GCUUUUAAACUAUUUCCAAAUGAAUGAAAACCAUUGAAGGCAAGAAAUAAUCACCUUCUUGAAACUAAACUUUUAUCCUGGCCGGUAAGUUAUUAUUAUUUUUUUUGGCAAAACAAUUUUAAGAACUCUGUUCAUGUUUCCGAAGCUACCAACCAAUCUACCUACUUACUUGACCCUCAAAUUCAUCAGGCAACGUUUGAAUUUUGAUGACUUGGUCAGUGCACGUAACUUGUUCGAACAAAUUACUGAACCAGACCUCCGCACCUGGACUCUCUUCAUUUCAGCUCACACCCAACAUGGAUACCCAACUGAAGCUACCCAUUGGUAUGCUACCUUACGAUCCCAUAAAAUACACCCAGAUAAAUUCCUGCUCUUGUCAGUUGCCAAGGCUUGUGCUUUAUCAGGAAAUCUUUCCAAAGCUAAAGAGGUUCACGAUGAUGCCAUUUUAUUUGGAUGUGCUUCGGAUACUUUGUUGGGUAAUGCAUUGAUUGAUAUGUAUGCUAAAUGCAAGUGUGUUGAUGGGGCGAGGUUGGUUUUUGAUUCCCUUCUAGUUAAAGAUGUGGUUUCUUGGACAUCCAUGGCGGCUUGUUAUGUUAACUGUGGAUUGCCUAAAGAGGGUCUGGGAGUUUUCCGUGAGAUGGGUUUGAAUGGGGUGAUGCCUAAUCCAGUGACCGUUUCUUCGGUCUUACCUGCAUGUUCAGAGUUGAAAGAUUUGAAAUUAGGGAGAGAGAUUCAUGGGUUUGUUGUUAGGAAUAAUAUGGGAAGGAAUCUGUAUGUGAGUAGUGCACUUGUAAAUAUGUAUGCUAGUUGCUUAAGCAUGAGAGAGGCGGAGUUGGUAUUUUCUAGCUUGUCUCAGCGAGAUAUUGUAUCUUGGAAUGUAAUUUUAACAGCUUAUUUUGGGAAUAAAGAAUUUGAAAAGGGUAUUGAUUUAUUUUACAGAAGGAGAGAAAGGGGUCAACUGAAUCAUGCUUCUUGGAAUGCUGUUAUUGGUGGGUGUGUACAGAAUGGGAAAAAUGAAAUGGCUCUAAGGACACUUGCUGAGAUGCAGAAGGAAGGGUUCAAGCCUAAUUUUCUUACGAUUGCUAGCGUCUUACCUGCUUUUACAUAUUUGGAAAACUUAAGAGGAGGCAGAGAGAUUCAUGGUUAUAUCUUUAGGCAUAGAUUCACUGGGGACUUGAUCUUUAUGACGGCUCUGGUUUACAUGUAUGCCAAAUGUGGUGAGAUGGAGAAAUCAUACACAAUCUUUAAUAUUCUAGAAAGAAAAGACACUGUUGCCUGGAACACAAUGAUCAUUUCAUAUUCCAUGCAUGGCAAUGGGAGGGAAGCCUUGCUGCUAUUCCACAGAAUGAUAGACUCUGGUGUCAAACCAAAUUCUGUUACUUUCAUUGGUGUUCUCUCUGGCUGCAGCCACUCAAGACUUAUUGAUGAAGGCUUGCUGGUUUUCAAUUCAAUGAGUAGGGAUCACUCCGUCGAACCUGAUUCAGAUCACUACUCGUGUGUGGUUGAUAUACUAGGCCGUGCUGGUAGACUGAAUGAGGCAUUUGAGUUCAUACAAAGAAUGCCUAGAGAACCAACUGCUAGUGCUUGGGGGGCAUUGCUCUCUGCAUGCAGAUUGCAUCGAAAUGUGGAUUUGGGAAGAGCUACUGCAAGCAGAUUGUUUGAGAUUGAACCCAAUAACCCUGGAAACUAUGUAUUGUUAUCCAACAUUUUAGUUACUGCAAAGCUAUGGGAUGAGGCUUCUAAAAUCAGGAAGCUGAUGAGAGACAGAGGAAUUGUGAAAGCACCAGGUUGUAGCUGGGUUUGGGUGAGAAACAAAGUUUAUACUUUUUCUGCUGGUGAUAAGAGCAAUGAACAAAAUGACGAAAUAUAUAGAUUUCUUGACGAUUUGCGUGAAAAGAUGAGAUUAGCUGGCUAUGCACCCAACACAGAUUUUGUUCUGCAAGAUGUUGAUCAAGACAUGAAGGAGGAUAUUCUUUGCAACCACAGUGAAAAACUUGCUGUUGCUUUUGGGAUAUUGAAUUUGAGUGGGAAAACAUCAGUUACUGUAUUUAAAAAUUUGAGAAUAUGUGGGGACUGUCAUAAUGCCAUGAAGUUCGUAGCGAAGAUCGUUGGUAUAAAGAUCAUUGUAAGAGAUUCUUUGCGAUUUCACCAUUUUAUGGAUGGUUGCUGUUCCUGCCAUGAUUUUUGGUGAUGUUUCAUAAGGAUUUCCCCAAAAUAAUGUUCCAAACUGGAAAAGUGAAACUGAGUGAGGUGAAUGCUAUGUUUCCUCUUCUUGGAUAAUUUCUUUAGCAACGUUUUGCUGCCUAGGUUCGGCUUUUAAUUUUCACAAGAUUUUACAUAUUUAGGAGAGUACAAUGCAAAUUUAGCGAAAAGGACUGCAAACACGAGAAAAGCAUUGUCCAAACAACAGCCAUCAAAGUUUUUAGCAUAAUCAGAGGGUGUAUAGCUAAAAUUUUUGUUCUCCUUGGAGCUGCCCAGAACUUUUGUGAUGCUACCUAAAAUCCCAUAUUUCUUAUGAUCAUCACUUCCAGCUUUCGGAGUUGGAGCCAGACAGCUUGAGCAAGUCUCAGAUGACAUCACUCAACCUGAAGUAAAGCACUACCACCAACAUGCCCAAGAAUCAGAAAAAAGAGCCACAAGACCUAUGAGGCACUCAGGUAGGCACUUUUAUGAAUUAUUAUUAUUAUUAUUUUGAAUUAUUGGAAACCAGCAUCCAAUACAAACCAAUCUUUCUGUAACAGAGGCCAUAUUGGAUUUCAUGAGACCAUCAAAGGAGGAGCCAAUUUUCUCGUGCCAACAAGGAGCCAAACAUGAGGCAUCAGAUCUAUGGAAUAAUGCAAGUUGACUACAUAAGUUAUCAGGAGUAAUAUUUUGCUGAUAAAUCAGGAAAAUGAUACAUGUUUCCAUGCACAAGUGUGUUCUGAACUCAAUAUAGAAAGUAAUCAAAGAAAAGGAUGACUCUAACAAACAUAUAUUUUUCAGUUAAUGAAAUGAUCUUCCCUCUCAUGGCAAACAGAUAGGCAAUGGGGGUGAACAAUAAAGUCCAGCAAAACAUAUAUAUAUUUUUUUUUGAACUCCUAGUGCUUUCUAAUUUCAUGAAAGAUAAACCAAAAUUUAGAGCUAAAUUCAUGAAAGUUCAAAUCUAUGCCCAAUAUAGGAGGCAUCUAGU